GUCGAUUUCAUUCUACAAUAAAUCCAAAGGCCCAACUUACCGAUCCAAAAAAACCAGAGCUCGUUACUAUAAAAAGAAAAUUUUAAGGUUUUUUCGAGUCGUGCUAGGGUUUCCGUCUGCAGCUCUUUUCGUCGGCACCGACCUCCCUCAGCGAAAAUGCCGUCACACAAGACCUUCAUGAUCAAGAAGAAGCUGGCCAAGAAGAUGAGGCAGAACCGACCCAUUCCUCACUGGAUCCGUAUGCGUACUGAUAACACUAUCAGGUACAACGCUAAGCGCAGGCACUGGCGCCGCACCAAGCUCGGAUUUUAAGCUGGAUGUGCCUGGCUUUUUUAGCUUUUGUUUAAGCCCUUUAGUUUAUCUCGGUAGGAUUGAGAAAUGUUUGGAUUUAUCAGUUGUGAAACUUCGGAGGAGAUUUUGAUUGAUAUCGGGCUGUUAAUUCUGUAGUUUAUUUGGCGUUCAAAAUAUUGUGUUCGACUUUUUGUUUGCUCAA